CCUCCCCACCCAAAUGAAACACGCAUCCAGGGCCGGCAUCCUGCGCACACUGCAUCCGCUCCAGCUGCAGGCCGAGUGCGCCGCCGGCGGCGCCUUCCAUCGCACUGAGGACGGAGGCGGUGGCACCGGCAGUGGCAGCGGCCUAGGCGAGCGGAUCGAGCUGGCCGAGGUCGAGUGCGAUGUGGAUACGAUCAAGAAGCUGAAGCUCGGGCAGCGCUCUUCGCUCUGGUCGCGACCCUCCUCCACCACCUCCCAGCUGCAGCAGCAGCAACAGCAGCAGCUCGAUCACCAACAGCAGCAGCAGCAGCAGCAGAUGCGACAGAAGGAUCACCAGCAGCAGCAUCAGUCAAAGGAUCACCAGCAGCAACCACACAAGAGAGCGCAUUCAAAGUCACCGCAGCCGCAACAACAGCAGCCGCUGCAACAGCAACGUCAACAACAACAUUCACCCGCUCCUGGCCAGAAAUUGCUAAGCGAGAAAUCGGAUUACUCGAUAUCCGUCUGAGACAUUGGUAAGAUCUGAUCGCAGGAUCAGCAUCUAGGAUGAGACAGGGCCGGCAGGCCCAGGCCAAGCCCAGCAGGCCGCCCGAUGGCCAAAAGUCUCAGCGAAAUCGAAAUUGAUCAGCCUCCCCUUUUGUACAUUUUUGUAAUGCAUUUGUUACCUUGCCACCAAGCCCUCGCCCCCGUAUCUCCACUAUAUUCCCCCUUUUGGAAGAGACCCCAAUAUCCAGUAAAAACAAAAAAUAAACCUCCUAAGCAACACUAAGUAAACUUUCGGACAAUCAGUAUCAAAAUUUCUGCACCAACCAUCCAUGAAACCAUAACCAUAACCAUACCCACAGCCAAAAACCAAAACCAAAACCAAACCAAAGCAUACCGAAUCAAACACUUCCCAUUAUAAACUCCUGCCCGUAUUUAUAGAGGUCAUAAUAUAUCUAAGUAUUAACGAUUGUGCAUGCUACUAUACAUAUAGUUAUAGUAUAUAUAUAUUAUAUGAAUGGCAUGUGUCCAGAGACAGAACCCAGGUCAGUUGUCGAACUUCCAAAAAUGUUGUAUGUACAUAUACUAACGUAGUCUCUUAAGUAUCCGUAAUGACUAAUCACUCGAAACUGUAACUCAAACUACUAACUGCAAAGCUAUCGAAUACUAUCGUAUCGAACUCGAACUUGAACUUGAACUUGAACUGUUUUCCCCCAUGUAUGUCUAGGGAGUAAAAGGAUGAUCUUAUAUGAUAGAUGUGUCCCGAUUUGUAAUGAGUGUUUCUGGGCUAUAGCUACUCCUAAAGUAGUAAGUUUCGGUUUUGUAGUGCUCUCCCGAUGAAGCGAUGAAACGAGGAAUUUAAUCUUGAAAUUUCAACUAAACCAAAACACUCAGAUAUACAUAUAUGCUGUGUACAAAUUUAUAUGAAUGUAUAUUUAUAUAUUAUGUGUCUACGUUAUGAGACAGUCGUGUGCUCAUGUAUAUAGGCUAUAUAUACCGAUACUCGAGAUAUAGUAUAUAUACAAUCGAAGAAUACUCUCUAUACAUCUAGUUGUUAGCGAAUCCACGUACAGGUAGAGUAUCUGAGUAUAUUUUGUAAAUAAUCAAAAAAUCGAACCCCAAAAGGACUGACAAUGAUGCAUGAUUCCACUGAGAAAAAAUCACAGAAACAGAAGCAUAAAAGCAAAAAUAGAAACCAAGUAAAGCCACAAUGAAAAUGUUAACUAAAUGUAUUCGAUAUAGCCGAUGUACACACACACUCGAAUAUGUCGCCAGCUGAAUUUGAAUUCAACGCAGUAUUCAUAGAUAAUAUGACAUGAUAUCGCCAGUAUCCACACAUUAGUGUUUCCAUUACAAUAAGCUGUCGUCUCAUUCGUCGAUACAGAGUUGUAGAUAAAUGUUUUUAAAAGCGAAUUAAACGAUAGGAGAAUCAAAUACAAAUCGUAAUCAAAUUUCGAAAUAUUACAACACUCAAUCAAGCAGAAGCAGCAGCAGCAGGCCAGGAACGAAAGCCAAGUUAGGAGCAGACAAACAAACUACAAAUUAACAUAACUCUUAGUUCGUAUCGAAUAAUCCAAGUAAUACGAGUACGUAGCUGUAUUUUAAACUAGCCUACGAAAGCAUAAGGAACCCAUUAAACAGUCAAAUAGGAGCGGUAAAGGAGCGAACGUAUCGAACCCAUUUCGGAAACCAUGUGCCAAAAUUUGUUUUUAGAAAAAAGCUCUCAUAAAUUACGAGUAUACAAUAAAAUAAUGCAAGCCAUGAAAAGCGAGUAUAAAUAGAAGCCAUGAAUUAUGAACAUACAAAUUAGAGUCACACAAUCCACACCACAGCAUAAAGUCGCAGAUUAAGGUGUUCACUUUUGGGGGCAAACUUAUUGGGCCCAGGUCCCAGCCCAAAACUUUUUUUAAGACUCUUUUUUUUUGGAAUAUAAAAUGAAAACAGCACUCUUUGUUUAUAUAGCAAUUGCGGUGCGGCGACAUUAAUGCCGCAGUCGGGUUUUAGUCGGUCUUUUUUAUAUGAAUUUAUUUGUACGAAGCAAUGAAAAUGGUUUAUUACAUUCAACAUCGAAUUUUACGAAUUUAUUAAUAACAACAACAGCAAGUUGCGACUGCAAGGUGCAACCUCACAGCAAAGUCUACAAAUCAAAAGAGAAAAUUAACUUAAUAGAUCACAAUCAAAAUGAGAACAAAACCAAGUACAUAUACGAGGGGAAGAAACAAUUUUUAUGUUUAACAUAUAAUUAGCACAACAACUACAAAAUAAAAACUAUUAAUGUAAAAACA